AUGGCUCCCACCACACGCUCGAAAGCGUCUGGAAAAACCGCAGCUAAUAAUAAGAAGCGUGCCGCUACGUACGUUGAAGACGACGGCUCAGGCAAUGAGGAGGACGAGGCAGUACCGAAGAGGAGACCAAGGAAGAGAGCCAAGAAGGAUGAUGACGCGCGGCCUGCCACGAAGAAGCUCGUCGCUGCCGCUGGCGGACGGACGAAGAAACGUGGUCGCCUGAACGCGUUGCCGGACAUGCCGUUGGAUAUUCUCGAAGAGAUUUUCUCGUUAUUGGAUCCGAGUGACCUUAUCCGCAUCGCACGCACGACGAAGGCCUUCCGGCGUUUGCUCCUUGCAGGCAAUCAGUUCUCGCACCUUUGGCGAGCGUCUUGGUCGAGGACGGAAGGAUAUCCGCCCUGUCCUGAAGAUUACCCUCUUCUGAAAUGGCUUCAACUGCUGUUCGGCGGGCCUUAUUGCCAGGUCUGUGCGGCUCCAUCCGUACAACGCAUCUUUUUCAGCAUUCGUGCACGGAUGUGCAAGAAUUGUCUCCAUAAGUCUUUGGUGAAUGUACUCUCGAACCGGGUAGAGGGUAUCGGGUACUAUGGCAUCAGCGAGUACAUCCCCGUAGUUGGACAGAAGAGGGACAAAUACGCAUAUGAAGAUGACAUUAUCAACCUCCAGGCGAGUAUAGCAUCUGCUCUGGAAGGAGUCGAUCCAAGCACACGCCCUCAAGCACUUGCGACGGUUCUCGAAUCUCUCAAAAUCGCCUUUGCCCCUUGGAAUACUCAUCGGCGCGAGUGUGAAAUCUGGCAAGAGCGCAAGAUGGCCGACCGUCAGGACGAUCUCGGAGAAAAGCGUUCUAGUAGGCGAGAAGAUAUUUCGAGGCGUUUGGAAGACCUCGGCUACACGACGAGGGACAUGUACAUGAUCUGGAGGUUGAAGGACGUGAACGUCAGCAAGCCCCUUACGGGUCGUGCGUGGGACAAACUCCUACCCACAUUAUUACCCUUAAUCAAUAAUGCUCGAGAUCGGCGAUUUGAACGGGAACGGCAUCAUCGGCGCGAAACUCGUCUGAACACCAUACAGUCCGCGUACAUUGAUCUGCUCAAGUCAGGCGUCGUUAAACCGCAAGAUAUCCCGUAUCUACCACGUCCCACCGCGUGUACACAAUUUGGAACACUUCCCGACCUGCUGGAUGAAGACGAGCCUGAAAUAACUGAUGAUUGGCGGCAAAGAGUGGACGUAUCUCUUCAAGACGCGCUCUCUCUCAUGCAGGAUGCUUUCAAGCAACAUCAGCGCGAAUUCGCCUCUCUACUCGAAGACUCUGGCGACUCCACCUCCAAUUCAAUCGACGUUCUCUCUCGUGCAAGCUCGGUGCUUGUUGUAAGGGAGAAGUUCAGCGUACGCACUGCCUGUUUUGGGCUUCAAGCGCUGGCAACGUCCUUCAUUACAUUAUCUUACGGCGCCGGUUCCGAGUUGUACCGUGAAUCGAGGCUCUCACGAGUGGUUACUCCCACUCCCGAGUCUGCUGUCAAGGCUAUCAACAACGUUCUACAUCUUCUGGACCUAGAUAGGACCGCUACUAUCCCUGAGCUCGAUAUCCUGGACCCUUGCUUCAUCUGCUUGACAUGCCAAGCUCUCUCUGAUCGCAGUUAUGCCUACCAUGACGGGAGUAUGAUGAGUCUCCGGUAUCGACCAGCCAUGAACUGGCGAAACGCGGUUCAACACGUCUUUGACUCUCAUGACUCCUGCGCCGAUGAUGUGCAACUACACCUUCUGACGAAAGACGAGCGAGCCGCAGUCGGAGCCGAGGGUAGUGCUGUGGCGAUCAAAAGACACUCGCUUCAAAGUCUCCCUAGUAGACUCGUGAUGCAUAGCUUUGCUUGUUGUCAUUGCGCAGACGAUCUCGUGUCUCGCUAUGCCUCAGGGUUGUGCCGAUACAUGCCGCUGGAUGCUGUACGUGCUCAUGUCAGAGAACGUCAUGAUAUUGAAGCUGCUCACGAGGGUGUGGACUUCUUCAUGAACCCUGUCGGAGAUCGUGGUGUUCUGGGAGGAAUGGUUGCCGAGUACUGCCAUGUCGAGGAGAAGGAAGCCGAGCUUGAAGUUGGCUCAGGGGAUUCGACGACAGAAGCAGCUGAAGCCAUCGAUGCCACUGAAGCCACUGCCGAAGUCACCGAAGUUUAA